UUAAAGUUUCAUUUUUACCAGUUCAACCUGAUUAGUUCAAUGACCAUCAGUCUAAAGUUAGGUAUUAACCAGAUUUGUUCUAAGAUUUAGAGAGAUUAAGAUAAUCAGAAUGAGCUACGUAGUUGAGAGGUUGGAUCUUUAUGAUUGUAUGAGGCUGUCUGAGAUUCUCUUAGUAAGGAUUUGAUCACCCUCUGUCUUCAUAGUGUGUCAUUUUUUUAAGUGUUUCAGUUUUUUUUAAUCCUAUUGACUUUCAAGCUGGAUUCCAGUUGCUGAACAACAGUCAUAUAAUUAUGGAUCAAGAUACAGAAGAUAAUGAAAUGGACACCUCUCCAGAUUCAUAUAGAGAUUCAGAUUGCAUCAGUCCUUCAGUCACACAUCAAUAUCUGGAUGACAUCAUGGAAAAUCCUCGGGAAACAAAUCAAGAACCAGAGGAUGUCUUGGGGAAUCUUCCAGUGACACAUGAUGAAAAAACCCUAAACAAAGACAAUUAUGAACCAGUUGUGACAGAUUCAACAACUAAAGUAGAAUUGCAACCAUCUCCACUUCCUUUCACAUCACUUGAUCAAGACCCUGGAUCAAAGACCUCAAAUAAAGCACCUGAGAAUACAAGUCAUAUAAUUAUGAAUCAAGAUACAGAAGAUAAUGAAAUGGACACCUCUCCAGAUUCAUAUAGAGAUUCAGAUUGCAUCAGUCCUUCAGUCACACAUCAAUAUACAGAUGACAUCAUGGAAAAUCCUCGGGUAACAAAUCAAGAACCAGAUGAUGUCUUGGGGAAUCCUCCAAUGACACAUGAUGAAAAAACACUCAACAAAGACAAUUAUGAACCAGCUGUGACAGAUUCAACAACUAAAGUAGAACUGCAACCAUCUCCACUUCCUUUCACAUCACUUGAUCAAGACCCUGGAUCAAAGACCUCAAAUAAAGCACAUGAAGAAUACAAGGAUAAUGUGAAGCCAGUAGAAGAAGGGAGUAACCUGGAACCAGACUGUAAUCCAAACACAAUUACAGUACAUGUGUGCUCAGGCUUUAAUGAUUCAUCUCAGAGCAAUAAGGAUCACAGUGAUCCCGAUUUGACUGUUGCAUUAUUUGGAAGCUCCGAGGCAGUCCAGUUUGGAUGUGACAACAUUCUACUUGGAGAGAAACAAUUCUGUAUAAAAAAUGCAGAAUUCCCUGAGAUCAUUCCAUUACAAAGGAAGAUAUCGGAACAUCAUGUCUCUGUGAUCAACAUGAUUGGCUCACAUGAGACUGAUCUUGAACCUGUUAUUGGUCAAAUACUGAAUGAAAUCCAUGCCUUCAUCUUUGUUGUGCGACUCGGACAGUUGACAGAUGAGGAUAAGAUGGGUAUUGAAUGGCUACAGAGAAUAUUUGGUGACAGAGUUCUCCUCAUUAUUCUCCUCACCUAUGAGAGAGGGGAAGAAUGUGACACUAUAAUAGAUGACUUGAAGAACAACUCUGUUCUGGAGCAGCUGCUGGAGAAAUGUGGAGGAAGAUAUCACACCUGCAGCAAGAACAUGAACAACCAAUCAGAGAUGAGAGAAUUGAUUGACAAGAUUAAGAGUCUGUUCACUGACAAUAAUCAGCAGUUCCACACCAGAGAGAUGUACACACCUUCAAGAGGCUUGAAAAACAGUGAAGGUCAAAGUGGUUCAGAAACAGAAGCCAAGAUCGGUGAGAAUGACACACAUCCAUCGGGGACCUUGGCACUACAAACUGAUAAACGUGACAAACAAAAGCUAGGUGCUAUGCAACUCAUCAACAGGAUUCAUCUUGAAGGCAAACAGCUAAACCUGAGAACUGUAGAUUUCCUUAAGCCAGUUGUACAAUCACAGUCCCAAGAGUCUUUUGCAGAGGAGGAGCUGGCUUCAGUUUUUCUACAAAAAUUGAUGAUGAUGGACUACAGAGCAAGAUGCCUCCAGAUUAAAGAACAACAUCACACACAACAAACAAAGAAUGACUCGUCUGAAGAUGUUGGCGAUGCCUUUGCUAAUAUUUUUGGAGAAACUGCUAAACCCUCUGAUGAAACAAACAAAUUAGAUGCUGUCCACUUGAUGGAUGUUCAGCUGGCAGUGUUUCAUUGGGCUGAUAGUUUCCUAAAGCAGCUCAUGGUGACUAAACUCUCACAGUGUCAGUAUGCUCUGCCUCUGCUUGUACCAAAUCCAUUCACACAACAGAUUGAGUUCCCACUCUGGACAUUUCGACAAAUCAACAAGAGCUGGAAGACAACUGAUGACAAAGGUAAAAUCUGUAGCAAAUUCCAGCCAGUCUACAAGGCAGAAACUCCAAUGGUGGCUUUCUUCAGGUUUGGCCCUGUGGCCUCCAAGUCUCAACUGAUGAACAGCCUGAUCAAUGAAAAACACAACACCUUCUUCCACAGGAACUGCCCAGGCAGCAGCAGAACCAGAGUCCUGAUGGAUGGACUGGUGGAGAUCGCCUGGUACUGUCCCUCUGGAGAGAAAACAGACAGAUUUACUCAAUGUGUUGCAUUCUGUAACCUCCAUGGUGAUGCAGGAGCCAAUGAGAAGCAGCUGGAUAUCCUGACUGAAAUGGCCUCUGUAAAUGUUGCUAUUUUACCACAACUCGGCAAGAAUGACAAAAGCAUGACCAAGAUCCAAAACUUCUACAAGGACUCGAAGCCACUCAUCUGCCUCCUUACUGAUAAUGAUUCCGCUCUCACAGAAAUGAGAGAAGGGAAAUACAAAAUUGGUUUAAAAGACAGAAAUCAGUCAGCUGUAUUUGAAGAAAUCAGAAGAGCUAUAAAUAAUGGGCUCUUGUCUUUUAAAUCAUUUCCCAUUUUCAAGCUUGAAGCCGUGGCCAAGCACUCCGGUAUCAGAGUAGACGAGGACAAUGAUGAAGACCUCAGGAGUGGAAAAGAGUCAGCACAGCAGAUGAUGAGAUUACUGCAGGGUAAAGAUCUGACUGAAAUCAAAGAAUCAAUUUUGCCAUUGCAGGGAAAACUGUGGCAUCAAUGGUGUGAGAAGAAUAAAGAACUUCAUCGACCAACAUUAGGAGAGAUGUAUAAGGGGAGCAACAUAGAAAAAAGCAAAAGUUCUAAGCAAUCAGAAAUGCUAAAAGUUCGUGAACAGCAACAAACAUCAGUCUUAAGCGAGUUUAUCAAAAUCUUCAUUCAAAACCUGAAUUCACCAGUAGGAAAUAAGGUGUCAUAUUUUCUCAAAUGGCUGGGCAUCCUGCUGGAUGACUACACCGCUGAAAGUCUUUCAGCCCUUCUUCAUGAGUAUGAUAAAAAAUGGUCAACAGUCCUAAAUCUUAAAAAGAAACAUGAUAAAUCACAGCAACUGGCAGCUGCACAAGUAGAACUUGAGACAGUAUCAGAGAAACUACAAGCAGCAACCUUUGGCGUGGAGCACAUACUGAGAGAGAUCGGUCAGAUUUACGAAUCAUGUUCAUCUGUUAAAAGGCACAAUCGAGACCUGACGUUUAACUUCUCUUCUCUUCCGAGUAUUGCAGCACAGAUGAUGAUGUCUGGAUUUCCACUGGAGCUGAUGGAUGGUGAUGCUGCCCAUGUUCCUCUGAUCUGGGUUACUGCAGUUCUUGAUGCACUCAUCCACAAACUGGGAGACAAGAGAGUCUAUGUGUUGUCAGUUUUAGGGAUUCAGAGCUCUGGGAAAUCCACUAUGCUGAACGCCAUGUUUGGACUGCAGUUUGCUGUCAGUGCUGGCAGGUGCACCAGAGGAGCUUUCAUGCAGCUGGUCAGAGUGUCAAAAGAGAUGAAAUCACAGCUGAAGUUUGACUACAUUCUAGUUGUUGAUACUGAGGGACUUCGUGCCCUAGAACUGGCUGGAAGGUCGACAAGAAAUCAUGACAAUGAAAUGGCCACAUUUGUUGUUGGUCUCGGAAAUAUGACACUGAUCAACAUCUUUGGAGAAAACACAGCCGAGAUGCAGGACAUUCUUCAGAUUGUUGUUCAAGCCUUCAUGAGGAUGAAGAAGAUCAGGCUGAAUCCAGGCUGCAUGUUUGUGCAUCAGAAUGUUUCAGAUGUUACAGCCGGAGAGAAAAACAUGGAAGGAAGGAGACGACUGCAGGAGAAACUGGAUGAGAUGACGAAACUCGCUGCUAAAGAAGAAGACUGUGAUACAGAGUUUUUCAGUGAUGUCAUUACAUUUGAUGUUCAGACUGAUGUGAAGUAUUUUGCACAGCUGUGGGAAGGCAGCCCACCAAUGGCACCACCAAAUCCAGACUACAGCAGAAAUAUUCAGGAGUUGAAGGACACAAUUCUCUCAAAAGCUUCUACAUCUAGCGGCAUUACGCUGUCUCAGUUUAAAAUGCGUAUUAAAGAUCUGUGGAAUGCACUGCUAAAUGAAAGCUUUGUGUUCAGCUUCAAAAACACACUUGAGAUUGCAGUAUACAGAAAACUAGAAACUAAGUACAGCGACUGGACAUGGACCCUCAGAAGCGCUAUGUUGAGCACUGAAGACAAAUUCUACAACAGAAUUGCCAAUGGAAACAUUAAGGUUCAGGAUAAUGACUUAUUGGCUGACAUGAGGAUGACAAAAGAGCAGGUCGAAAAAUCAAUGAUGUCUUACUUUGAGGAGGACAAAGACAAAGAAAUUCUGUGUCAGUGGCGAGGAAGAUUUGAAACCAGAAUCAAAGAUCUUCAUGAUGACCUUGUGAAGGGAACAAAAAGAAAGUUAGAUGAAGCAAUUGAACAGAAAAAAGCCAGGGAGAAGCUGGAUCAAAGAAGGACAGAGUAUGAAAACAAGCUUUUCAGUCGGAGCAAGGAACUAGCUUUGAGACUGAAAGAUACAGGAACAGAUGAAAAGAUGCUGAGCAAGGAGUUUGACAAAAUGUGGAACAAAUGGGUCACUGAAAUGACUGAAGAUACUCCUCCACUGGAAGACCUGAACUUCUGGGAGGAUGUGACUCAAAUCUUAUCUGAAAAUCAGGAAUUGACUCUUGUAAAUGAGCGGUUAUAUCAGAAAGACUAUGAACUGAUAGACAUCCGGAAUGAUUAUUGUGUCUACAUGAGACUAAAGAAGCAUCUAGAGCAUUCUGAUGAAGCUGAAUCUUCAGAGGAAGCUGGUGAGAGCAAAAGCAAGGGUGGAUUACUGAAGCGGUUUGGUCAAAAAAUUAUGUCAGGUAUAGAAUAUAUUACAGGGACUCAAAAGCCACCAGAGAAUAUGGACCUAAAUGCUGAAUGUCAUUACUCUAUAAGGCGUCUGACUCAAAAAAUUAUUCAGGACACUGAGAAAAUAAUGAAGAAGUCACCAGUUGGAACACGAGGCUACAGUGACAGUUAUAUUCAGGAAAUAACAGACUGUGUUCAAAAGUCAAUAAAGCAACAUGAAUCUGUGAGUCAAAAAUACACUUUGAAAAAAGAGUUUACCAUAGAUCUCAGUCUUCACGUGUGUGACAUUGCAAGACAGAAGUUUACUGAACUCCACAAAGAAUUCAGAGAAGCAAAUGACCCAAGAAUUUAUCUUGAGAAGCAGAAAACUCAGUAUUGGAACAUCUUCAAGAACUACUACAAAGGAGCGACAACAACAGCCAUACUGAGUGAAUUCAUCUGCAGCAAACUUGAGUCUUCUAUCCUACAAGCGGUUUACAACAAAACUGCUAUUGAUUUGGCAGCACAGAUGAGGUCUGACAUACAAGCAUUACGUGAGAACAGACCAAAUCUGGAGAAACACAUUCUGAAAUCCCUUGCAGAAAAGGAGGAUUUUGACCAGUACAUAAAAUACAUUCAUAAUCCUAGAGAACACUUCAAACAGUUCAUAAAAAAUGAAGUGGACAGAUACUUCACCAAACAAAACAAAAUGAUUCUAAACAUUUUCAAAGGAAAUCUGACACAAAAAGAGCAGAUUGUAAGUAAUGCGAUUAAAGCAGCUACAGUGCAGGUCAAGAGUCGGAGAGGAGACGGCAACAUGUGGUUCAGAUGCUUCACCACGACGCUAACAAAUGAGCUAAAACUCACUGAGAAUUCAUGUGGUGAUCUCAGCGAAAUUGACUUAGAUUUUCUUGAGAGUCUUUUAAAUGGCAGUCUGAAGAAAGGGAUGACAAAGCUACAGAACAGCUUUACAAGCAUUAAUGACAUGAAAAUGUGCAGGAAAAAACCAGAUGAGAUUUUGAUUGAGCACUUCUGUCAGUGCUGUUGGGUUCAGUGUCCUUUCUGUAAAGCCAUCUGCACCCACACGAUGGAAGGCCAUCCUGGAGAUCACAGCGUUCCUUUCCACCGCAUUAUUGGACUGAAUGGGUGGUUUUACAGAGGAACAACAAACUUGUCUAUUGAUAUCUGCACAACAGUAGUAGCAAGUGAUCGAUGUUUUUAUCCAAAUUCCUCAGACGACAAAGUCCCCUGGAAAGAAUACAGAAAAGGAGGUUCUUACUAUGCUAACUGGAGCAUCACCCCAGACCACUCUGAGCUGCCGUACUGGAAGUGGUUUGUGUGCAGAUUCCAGAAAGAUCUGGAAAAGUACUACAGUAAAACAUUCCAGGGACAUGGUCAGAUUCCAAUUGAAUGGAAAAAGUACACAAAAAAAGAUGCUCUGGAGAGUUUACAGUACAUGUAAUAGAAAGUACAAAAAAACAAAUACCAAAUGAAAUUAGAAACAAAUGCCAAAUCAAAUACUGUUUCACACUGAACUGAUAGAUGCAGUACACUAUGCUUUUGUAGGAGGUGUUUUUUUCUAAAAAAUAUAAUUAUGUUUUGUUAGUAACUCUGCUGUGCUUUUUAUUUCACCAUCAAAGUGGAGACAAACAUGGCUGUUAAAGCUAGUGGGAAAUGUUUAAUGAUUUACUGUGUCAAAAAUGUAUCCUCUUCUUAAAAAAAGAAAUUGAAGACUUUUAGAUCCAUGCUAGGAAAUUGGUCGAUGUGAUAAUGCAAUCUGGCCCUGGCUGGAAUUUGGAAGAUAAAUUAAACUGUGAUGGACAAUCCAAAUUGUAUUUACUGUUUUUGUUGUUUAUUUCAUUUUGGACAUCAUUUUGGAGAGUCAUGUUACUUGUAUCUUAAACCUGGACCACAUGUUUCACUUACCAGAGAUGAAAAUGCACCAUGAUUUCCUAAUUAAUCACUUUAAUCUUUAGAAAGCUUAUAUAGUACAUACAGAGCAAAAAUAAUAUGAUUUGUACUCAUGGUUAUCACAGACAUAUUGUAGUUCUACAUGUUUUAAAUUGUGUGAUUAUGUCAAUUCUGAAUAAACUGAGUGAAUAAAA